AUGAACGUGCUAAAAAAGCGGACCGGUAAGGGUCAGAUAGAACGGACGGCUGAAGCUGAUUUGGCAUUCCAGGAGUUAAAAGUUUGUCUUGGGUCCUUACCCACAUUAACCGCACCAGUCACAGGAGAAACUGUCACCGUAUAUCUCUCCGCUUCCCAUUUUGCCAUCAGCGCACUACUUGUGGUGCACCGAAACCAAGCACAAAUACCGGUUUACUAUGUGAGCCGCGUCCUGAAAGAUUAUGAAACUCGAUACCUGAUGAUAGAAAAACUGGCACUCGCCUUGGUACAUGCAUCCAGACGUCUCCGAAGAUAUUUUCAGGCUUUUAACAUAGAGGUGCAGACUAAUCUUCAAAUCCAGCAGAUUCUGAGAAAGCCGGAGGUUUCUGGUCGGCUCACCAAAUGGGCAAUUGAGCUUAGUGCUUUUGACAUUACCUGUCGGACCCGAGGGCCGGUAAAAGGUCAAGCGGUGGAAGAUUUUCUUACGGAAGUCCCUACCGGAGAAAGUACCAAAGAGAAGCCCAAUCUUCCAAGAGUUUGGAAUCUAUACACAGAUGGAGCCUCUAGCAAAGAAGGGUCCGGAGCUGGCUUAAUCCUAAUAGACCUGGAGGGAAUAGAAUACACCUACGCUCUGCGUUUUGAGUUCAAAACUUCAAACAAUGAAGCAGAGUACGAAGCUCUUUUAGCCGGACUCCAAACAGCGGCUAAAGCAGGAGCAAGUUCCGUCUUGGCUCACGUUGAUUCAUUACUAGUUGCCAAUCAAGUCAACGGAGAAUACGAGGCACGAGAAGAAAACAUGAUUCGGUAUUUAAACCAAGUCAACAGUUUAAGGUCUACGUUCGAUUCAUGCAAGAUAGUUCAUAUCCCAAGAAGCAAGAACAAGAAAGCUGAUGCUCUAAGUAAACUGGCAUCCGUCACAUUCUGUCAUCUGUCCAAAGAGGUGCUGGUCGAGACUCUACAAACCCCGGCAGUUGACCAAACAGAGGCCGUAAUGUCAAUCUCCAUUCAAGAAAAAUCGUGGAUGACCCCGAUCCUAGACUAUUUGAAGGAUGGCACACUCCCGGAGGAUAAGGCUCAGGCACGAAAGAUGAAAGUGAAAGCACUCCAGUAUCAAAUUCACGAUGGAAAACUUUAUUGA